CCGGGGCCGGGGCUCGGGCCGUCCCCGCCCGGCGAGGGCUCGGCGGAGGGUCGGGGGGCGGCAGCGAGGGGCCGGGCCGGGCGGGGCGCGGUGUGCCCGCGGCGCUCUGGUCGCGGCAGAUUUCGCCCCGGCCGCCGUCCCCGCCGCAGCCUGAGGGGCGCUGAGGAGAACGGGAGGUUUUUGGAAGAGGCGCACGGAGGAGCCCCGGGCUGACCGCCGGCCCCGCCCGCAGGCUCACGCCAUGCUGUGGGCGCUUCCCCCUCUCUGAGGAGAGGCGAAGGGGCGGCAGGGGACGGCGGCGGCGCGAUUGCUAAGUCUGAGUGACGAGAGGCAAACAUGGCCCAAGCACCUACUGAUCUGAGUAGUGCGGAAACUGCUGACCCAGAGGAGAGUUCUCCAAAUAUGAUAGUCUACAGAAAGAUUGAAGACAUCGUUACAAGGAUGCAAGAUGACAAAACAGGUGGAGUUCCCAUCCGCACUGUCAAGAGCUUUCUGUCCAAAAUUCCCAGCGUGGUCACUGGUUCUGAUAUUGUGCAGUGGCUUAUGAAGAACCUCAGCAUUGAGGAUGCAGGGGAAGCAAUACACUUGGGAAGUCUUAUUGCUGCGCAGGGUUAUGUCUUUCCGAUCUCAGACCACGUCCUUACCCUGAAAGAUGACGGGACGUUCUAUCGUUUUCAGGCACCAUACUUUUGGCCUUCAAACUGCUGGGAACCAGAAAACACAGAUUAUGCCAUCUAUCUUUGCAAACGGACCAUGCAGAACAAAGCUAGGCUGGAGCUGGCGGAUUAUGAAGCCGAAAACUUAGCAAGACUUCAGAGAGCAUUUGCAAGGAAGUGGGAAUUCAUCUUCAUGCAAGCAGAGGCCCAAGUGAAAAUUGACAGGAAAAAGGAUAAAACAGAAAGAAAGAUUUUGGACAGCCAGGAGAGAGCAUUCUGGGAUGUGCACAGGCCUGUGCCAGGUUGUGUGAACACCACAGAAAUGGACAUUAGAAAGUGUCGCCGUAUGAAAAACCCGCAAAAAGUGAAAAAGUCAGUGUAUGGGGUUACAGAGGAGUCUCAGCCCCAAAGCCCUGUACACCUGCCCUCCCAACCAGUGCGCAAAACAACAAAGGAGGAUUUCCGGAAGCAAAUAACUUUUCUGAACAUGCAGAUAGAGAGACAUUGUUUAAAGAUGUCCAAAGUAGCAGAAAGUUUAAUAGCCUACACAGAGCAGUAUGUGGAAUAUGACCCUUUUAUAACUCCUGCUGAGCCUUCCAAUCCCUGGAUAAGUGAUGAUGCAGCAUUGUGGGACAUUGAAAUGAGCAAGGAACCUAGUCAGCAGCGUGUGAAAAGAUGGGGUUUCUCCAUGGAUGAGGUGCUGAAGGACCCAGUAGGACGAGACCAGUUCCUUCGUUUCCUGGAAUCAGAAUUCAGCUCAGAAAACCUCAGGUUUUGGUUGGCUGUCCAAGAUCUCAAGAAACAACCUUUACAGGAUGUGACCACCAGAGUGGAAGAAAUCUGGCAAGAGUUUCUAGCUCCUGGGGCCCAGAGUGCUAUCAACCUGGAUUCCCACAGCUAUGAGAAAACAAGCCAAAAUGUCAAAGACCCAGGGAGAUACACAUAUGAAGAUGCACAGGAGCACAUUUACAAGCUGAUGAAGAGUGACAGCUACGCGCGCUUUCUGCGUUCGAAUGCUUACCAGGACUUACUGCUGGCGAAGAAGAAGGGAAAGUCUCUGGCAAGCAAGCGCCUCACGGGCCUGAUGCAGUCCUCCUGACAGCUCCAGCCGACCGCCCCGUGGAAGAGACAGCUGGGACCACUGCCGGGGACGGGGCAUUUCAGGGAGAGCAGGUCCCUGCAGGGAAGACAGCCUGAGCAAGUGGACACAGAGAGUCACACACCAGUGGAGCACCUCUCUUCACAGUUUACACCAACACUUCCCUGUCUGCACAGCUCCUUAAGGACCCUGAGCUCUGUGCAGGUACUUUGUUUCCAACUGAGGUUUGGAGGAGCACACUUCACCAUACACAGGAAGUCGGCAAGGCAAGGCCUUGCUGUCUCGUUCUUUAAAGAAACAGACCCAACCACAGCUUGGAGAAAGAAGAGCUGAAAGAGAUCAGUGUUUUUCCACGUCUCUUUUCUCCCUGGCACAAACAUGACUGUAAUAAGAUGGCGCCGCAAUCUCACUUACUCCCUUUCAUGUGGCCGUCUGGAUCCAAUAAAAUAUCUCCUGGAAGCUGCUUCUCCUUCUCACAAAAUCCCAAAUGCAUUUUGCCUGCAGAUUCACUGACUUUAACUUUGUUUUUCUUUCCUAUGUUUCUCCUCCUUUAAACCAAUGAAAAAAAAAAAAAAAAGCACUAUUUAAGUUCAUCACUCAUUGUCCUUCCAAUAGCAUGUAGCAUGUUCAGAGAUGAUGGCCAGAUCCUCAGCUGAAGUCAGGAGAGCAGGAGUAGUUUUCAUCACCUGAGGAUCUGCCCCCUUGAGUCAGACUCUGAUCCUGGUGCAGAUUCUCUGACGUUGGUGGAAUUGUUCUGCAUGUCUGCAUAGUGCAAAAGUGAUCAGACUCUGCCUGAUGCUCAAAAAGUCAUGUUUGAGAUGUGCAAUGCACGCACAAGCACAUGCGUGCACACACGCACGCACACACACACACACACACAGAGUAUUUUAAAGUGAGUUGGUUUAUAUUUUAUUUAAUUUUCUAUUUAUUUAAGAUUUUCAAUACCUAAUCAAUGAUGGAUGUUCAAGCUUUUCUCCAAGCAAACCAAACUGGACUCCAGCUCUCGAAUCAGAGAGGGCCAAAAUCCACUCACAUGUGUCCAGAGAAAGGCAACUCUGAUGUGGGCAGGUGUCAAAAUUCAGCCUACAGAGAGGAGGGAACUGAUAGAGAUGGGACCAGCAGAAGCAGGGCAUGAAUGGGCAGGGCCAGGUGACCCUCCCUAAACAGCAGCACACCCAGCUGUGAUAUGAUGCUCAGAUAACUGACCCUGCUGAGAAGCAUCAUUCCCAGAGUGAAAUUGUACCAUUGGAGGAAAUGAGCUUCCACUAAAACUCAUCUGACCUGCAGCCCAUGAAUGCAACAGCAAAAGAUGACACAGUAGCUUGUUUCAAGCUGUUGGAGGUAUGAAGGUUAGGAUGAUGACAGGACUGAAGUGACUUUAUUAAGAAAUCCACUUAUACUAGUUGCAGAUAGGAAAAUGGCCUGCAUUCACAUACAAUAUACUAUCUAUAUAUAAAAAGAACUUCAAGAUCCAGCUGACUUAGUACCACAAAAUCUCCGAUAUUUUGUAAGCAGUUCAGUUCUGAAGCAUACAUUAAACUAGACAUUUCUUGGUCUUCUUCACUCAUGCCAAGGCAAAUUGGCUUUUUGUACAGGUGCUAGAAACUGCUAUAUGGCUACAAGUCUGCAUUCCUACCUAGGCAAAACCAUCUAGCUAAGUAGACAGCUGGCUAUCGACAACUUUCACUUCUGAGGCAAGUAUUAUUCUAAUAUCUAAGGCCUAUGUAUGCACAAAAACAUGCCAGCAUAGUUUCUGUCAGAAAAAGUACCUUCCUCUUUGCCCGUGACAGUUCUCAAUCUGAUAUCUCUUUUAUUUCCUGCAGAAAAGUCCUAAUAUCAAUUAUACCUAAGGUCCAUACACCUGCAUGAAUGUACAAUAGACUACUGAGUAGGAUGUUUGUUCUUUACACAUGCCUAUACCCUAUAAACAGCCUGCUGUCUGAGGCCUUCAGACCAAAUUCAUCCUACACAUACAUGACACACAAGAGAGUUCCAGUACUGCAGAAGUGCCAUGAAUGUCCCUGACAUUCCUGUUGUUCCCCUGACUCUGAAGAGGACAUUUGGUCCCCUCCAAAUUCUCCCUUAGCUGUCCUUGCAGGACUCAUUUGUCUUGUCCUCUAUUGCCCACCCAGCCAAGCAGGUCUUUCUGUAAUAGGUUCACAUCCAUUCAGGCAUAUGCAUAUGUGUCCCCUUGGUCAUCCCUACAAAAAUGCAGAGGUCAUCUCUUCUCAGAGCCUUGUAGAUGGUGUUUUUAUCUCUGUCAAACCCACCAGUGCCGUGCAUCACUGGAGUUCUGCAAACCAACAGCUGCUCACACUCCAAGCUACUCUACUGCCAGUGCUGCCCAGCCACAAGGCAUUUCCCAUGGGAGCUCUGUCUUGUGAACUCUCAAACUGGUCUGCAGAGCAUUCCUGAGCAAGACGUACAAUAUAAAUUGUACAUUGCAAUAUAAAACAUGAAACUGGUGUGUAGCAAGGAGCAGGGAUGGUAAUUGGUACAUGUGGGUCUCUGCUUUGCAGUGAGUUCCUGAUACUGGUGAGGUCUCCUGGGGGAAGAAUGGGGCAGCUCCACAGAGGUACUCCUCAGGUCCUACAGCAUGGGGGCAGAUGUGAAAAGGACUAGAGAAUGCUGGUGGGUGAUAGGAAGGGUGGAAUUUGGGUUAUGGUCAGUGCAGGCAGCAGAAAUGUCAGACUUUAACUGGGGGAUGUGCUGCUGCCCUGUGAGCAACGCACUGUGCUUUGUCUUUCAGCUUCAUUCCUGCAGGACAGUCAUGCUGGCUGCCACAGUAUUUUGCCUGUGGGGAAUAUUCCGUGUUUGAACAGUUGAGCGUAUGGAGGGAAUUCUUACAGAGAUGGAGAGUAUGCAUAUGGGCCUGCAUCAGGGGGCCUGGAUGCUGAACAGCUUGCCAUUUAAAUGCACACUCGUGCAAACUAAUCUGCUCAGCAAUGGCUAGCUGAGCGGACAGAGCUGCAUAUCCUCUGGAGGGAAGAAUGCUCUGCUCCUCAUUUCCUGACUAAAUUUCUCCAAAACAAACAUGAGAGUAGACAAGGCCUCCUCCUGGGAAUACAUAUCAACUGUUCUUUACAUGUCUUUUACUUCACAUAUGGUGAUAUUAACAUGUAACUACUUCCACAUGAACCACAUCCUUGAAUUAUUGCUUUUUAAUGACCUUGCUUAUUCCAAGUGAUGCUACUUUUGUACACCCAUUGAGCAUUGCAAGCAGUAAUCUGCUGCUUUGUAAGUGUCCAGUGUCUUCCAACUACCUCAUCAUGCUGAAGAUGAGUUAGGAAAUCAGCUUUCCACCUCUGUUUCUGUUCUAAAUGGCAUCAAUUCAAGGAAAGACAGUCUGGAAAGCUUUUACAUGUCCAAGCUGUGCAAGCUAGCUACAAAACUUCCCAUACUUACAGGGCUAUGGCUGUGAAAUAUGGCUGUGCACUGUUAUUUGGAUAACAGAGUAUCCAGAGCAUUUGUGGCUAUUGUAGCAAAACAGCAGCAGGACGAGCACUCGGAAAGGUUCAGCAAGCCAGUGCAGACAGAGUUAGGCUGAAGCAAAUGGAUUAAUGUACUCUCAGUAUAACUCAGCACUAAGAUCCCAUAGAGUACUGUAAUAAAGUGGUAGCAGGGCAGCCAUAAAAAGUGGCAGUAAGCUGACAUAAUAAUACCAGAAUAAAUGUAGCAAUAAGGUAACACAGGCCACUGCAGUAAAGUAGCAUUUUGAUAAUGCAGCAAUAAGACACAACAGGAUGCUGCAGUAAAUUAGUUUGGGGAAUAAGGCAGUAAUAACAGUGUGUGUGGACAAACAGUGGUACAUUUGUACCAGGUACUGCAGCAAUAAAGAUAACACAAGAUGUCCAAGUAAUAAGUUACUACAGUAACAACAACGUGAUGCACUGUAAAGUUAUAUCAGGAUGCUUCCAUGCUGCAGUCAAAUCCUACAAGAGGUGGUAGUGAGACAAUGAAGACAAAAUAUACCCCAUUUCAGACUGCAGAACGUGAAUCAGUUUUCUGCACCAUAACCCAAAUUCUGGAAUGAUCUCAGCAAUAUCAAUCCUCUUGUUCCUGCUUUCAAGGAAGCUGAGGCAAGAGUGUCCCCCCACCCGAUAAUUAUUUUGGUCUGAAAAUACAAAAGUGACUCAUUGUCUCUUCAGCCAAAUUGUCACAGACUAGUGAAGUUCUUUGUUUAGUCCUACUGAGGUGAAACCUUUGUGGUUUUGGUAAGUCCUUUGCCUUCAAAAGGAUUUGGCUCUCUCAUCUUCUGCCAUGGGUGAUGCUUUUAGCCUAAAAUUAUUUGUGUUUUGGGUGGGAGAAUGGGAACUCAGGUACAGAAUAUCUGACUGUACCAGUCUGUUUCCUAAAAUGCACAAAUAAAUGGAGCAUCCUGGAAAAGUCAAAGCAACAAGGACCAAAUCUGUUCUGUCUGUCAUGCACUCAUGCACACAGGAAUAAUCCUCCUGGAACCAGUGUAAGCCCUGGAUGCAUCCAUGGGCAGGCCUUGGCCUAACUCCAUUCUCAGUGUCCCCAGCAGAGUUACAGAAGCAGUGUAUCUCUCCUUUCCUGCUUUUCCAUAUAUAUAUAUUAUUUUUUUUUUAAUCUAACCUCACCUUCUGUAUGAAAUGGUCUUGGAAAAAAAUUAGUUUGCCAUAUCACAAUAUGCAGCAUCAUGGGCAAGGAAUAGGUCUGUCCAAGGAAUUUGCUGUCUUUGUACU